AUGGAACCUGUAAAAUCUGUUGAGAAACCGAAAUCCCCAACUGAUGUAGCUAAGACAGUUUCAAAGGGGUAUUCAGACGAUGAGAGUGAUGAAGAAUUUGGAAUUGCUAAGCCACUAGAUAAAAUUAUUCCUUCAACCACUCCUCUACUGCCAUUUGCAGACAGAACUUUGCAGAAAACUGACGAUAUUGUUAAACCAUUUACUGACUUGAAGGACGAUAAGCCACAAUCUAAAUUAGAUGAGAAAUCCAAGUCCCCUCUUGAUCCAUUUAAGCAAACUCUUAAGGAAUAUUCUGAUGAUGAAAGUGAUGAAGAGAUUGGUUUCGACAAGCCUCAAGACAAGCUCCUUCCCUACGCCACACCUCUGGUACCUCUAGCAAUGACUACAAGCACAAUUACUUCUGUGAGUGAUACUCGCGAGUCUGUUGAUAUACACAUCAAAGAUGUAGUUAAGCUGCCCAUGGAUCCUGUAAAAUCUGUAGAGAAACCCAAAUCCCCAACUGAUGUAGCUAACACAGUUUCAAAGGGAUAUUCAGACGAUGAGAGUGAUGAAGAAUUUGGAAUUUCGAAGCCACUAGAUAAAAUUAUUCCACCAACUACUCCUCUACUGCCAUUUGCAGACAGAACUUUGCAGAAAACUGACGAUAUUGUUAAACCAUUUACUGACUUGAAGGACGAUAAGCCACAAGCUAAAUUAGAUGAAAAACCCAUGUCCCCUCUUGAUGCAUCUAAGCAAACUCUUAAGGAAUAUUCUGAUGAUGAAAGUGAUGAAGAGAUUGGUUUCGACAAGCCUCAAGACAAGCUUCUUAGCUCCACCACACCUCUGGUACCUCUAGCAAUGACUACAAGCAAAAUUACUUCUGUGAGUGAUACUCGCGAGUCUGUUGAUAUUCAUAUCAAAGAUGUAGUUAAGCUGCCCAUGGAUCCUGUAAAAUCUGUUGAGAAACCGAAAUCCCCAACUGAUGUAGCUAACACAGUUUCAAAGGGGUAUUCAGACGAUGAGAGUGAUGGCGAAAUUGGAAUUGCUAAAACACCAGACAAGCCUAUUCUUUCAACCACUCCUCUGCUGCCACUUGCAGAAAAGACCUUGCAGAAAACUGACGAUAUUGUUAAACCAUUUACUGACUUGAAGGACGAUAAGCCACAAGCUAAAUUAGAUGAGAAACCCAAGUCCCCUCUUGAUGCAUCCAAACAAACUCUUAAGGAGUAUUCUGAUGAUGAAAGUGAUGAAGAGAUUGGUUUCGACAAGCCUCAAGACAAACUUCUUAGCUCCACCACACCUCUGGUACCUCUAGCAAUGACUACAAGCAAAAUUACUUCUGUGAGUGAUACUCGCGAGUCUCUUGAUAUUCACAUCAAAGAUGUAGUUAAGCUGCCCAUGGAACCUGUAACUGAUGUAGCUAAGACAGUUUCAAAGGGGUAUUCAGACGAUGAGAGUGAUGAAGAAUUUGGAAUUGCUAAGCCACUAGAUAAAAUUAUUCCUUCAACCACUCCUCUACUGCCAUUUGCAGACAGAACUUUGCAGAAAACUGACGAUAUUGUUAAACCAUUUACUGACUUGAAGGACGAUAAGCCACAAUCUAAAUUAGAUGAGAAAUCCAAGUCCCCUCUUGAUCCAUUUAAGCAAACUCUUAAGGAAUAUUCUGAUGAUGAAAGUGAUGAAGAGAUUGGUUUCGACAAGCCUCAAGACAAGCUCCUUCCCUACGCCACACCUCUGGUACCUCUAGCAAUGACUACAAGCACAAUUACUUCUUUGAGUGAAACUCGCGAGUCUGUUGAUAUACACAUCAAAGAUGUAGUUAAGCUGCCCAUGGAUCCUGUAAAAUCUGUUGAGAAACCCAAAUCCCCAACUAAUGUAGCUAAGAUAGUUUCAAAGGGGUAUCCAGACGAUGAGAGUGAUGGCGAAAUUGGAAUUGCUAAUCCACUAGAGAAAAUGAUUCCUUCAACCACUUCUCUGCUGCCCCUUGCAGAAAAGGCCUUGCAGAAAACUGACGAUAUUGUUAAACCAUUUACUGACUUUAAGGACGAUAAGCCACAAGCUAAAUUCGAUGAGAAAUCCAAGUCCCCUCUUGAUCCAUUUAAGCAAACUCUUAAGAAAUAUUCUGAUGAUGAUUGUGAUGAAGAGAUUGGUUUCGACAAGCCUCAAGACAAGCUCCUUCCCUACGCCACACCUCUGGUACCUCUAGCAAUGACUACAAGCACAAUUACUUCUGUGAGUGAAACUCGCGAGUCUGUUGAUAUACACAUCAAAGAUGUAGUUAAGCUGCCCAUGGAACCUGUGAAAUCUAUUGAGAAACCGAAAUCUCCAACUAAAGUAGCUGACCUAGUUCCAAAAGAAUAUUUGGACGAUGAGAGGGAUAGCGGACUUGUAAUUGUUAAGCCAAGUCCCGACAAUGGUGAAAAGGAUUUAGCUCCUGAUUUAUUUUCUGAUUCUCCAAAUCGAAUAAUCGGCCGUGCUGGCAUCGACAGCUACCCAAUUGAGGAAAAGGUGAUUCCAGAAUCAUUUUCUGAUUUUGAUGAUACAAGAUCGGUUCAGCAAAUUGUUGAAGAAACUUUGCGGGCUGGUGAUGCAGAGGUACAAAAGAUUAUAAAUGAAACUCUUAAAAGCGUGCAGGUACAUAGAGAAUUAGAGCAUAAGGAUUAUAUAUUUACUGAGUUAGGCGAAAGUGACCGAUCGAUUGAAGAGAUUGUGGAAGAUACUUUAAAAAGUGCAAAAGUUAAGGCAGGGGACAAAAAUCAGGUGGUAAAUCUAGUAGAAGAUGAUGUAGUUUCGACGAAAAAAGAGAAAACUGAGUGUAAAGAAGUCCGACCUAUUGCUUAUUUCGUCAAGUUAGGUGAUGAAAAGAUAGAUGUUAUGCCUACAAAAACGGUAGAAAUGAAAACCCCAGUUACCAAACCCAAAACAGUAAGAAAUGUCAGUGCAAAAUCCGAGGGAAAUGUAAUGAAAAAACAACAAGUUAAAAAGCAAGUAGAUACUAAGGAAAGAUCAGCGAUUACUCAAAAGAAAUCACCAUCGACACAACUAAAAUUAUCGAAUGCAUCUAGCAAGCAAUUAAAAGUAAGAAAGCCAUUAACAAACGAACCCCCGAAGGUUUCUAGAAAAACCGAGUCGAGGAGAUCAGUUACAAGUUCUACUUCGACUACAAGCUCGGCUUCAGCUACAAGUCGAGUUAUAAGUGAAAUUCACUUCGAAAGAUCCGCAAGUCCAGCAUCAAGUUCAAUAUUUUAUGAAAGUCACACUCAAGGCGAAAACAGCCGCUCCACAACGCCAAGGCCUAGGGUAAAAACAGAUGUUACAAAAAUACCAUACAACACCUCGGUUCGCUCGUUAAGUCCAUCACCCAAAUCCACAAGAUCGACAAAAACAACAUCCAUUAAACAAGAUGUCAGCAAGAAAGCUAGAGUGUUUAAUAAGAAGGUAAAAACAGAGAUUACCUCAAAAUCUACAAAAGUUGUGGAAGACAACAAGCGAAUAAAAACGCCAACUCCAUCUGCCACACACCGAUAUAUGCAGCCAACUUUAGCUCACAGUAUGCGUUUCGGUCUAAAUGCCGAUAGUGAAAGUCGAAGUGUGACUCCGGCCCCAGUUAAAUCACCAGCCCCACCCAAAUCGCCAGCUCCAGCACAACCCAAUCGACAAAGUAUAUAUAAAACAAAGAAUACGAUAAGUGCCUUGACAAAAAACUCGUCAAUAGAUCAAAAGCAGCAAAAGAAAUUGAUUACAGAAAAGCCCUCAGUUUUGACCAAGAAAGGUUCCCAUACUGAAAGUAAGGAUUUAUUACAGAGUACAGAUCGCCUUUACAAAAGACAAAUAUCCAAAGAGAAUAAACAAGCAAACGUGAUAGGCUCCAAGAGCCAAAUAACUAAAACCAUGAAGACACAAUCAGCUACUGCAACUAAAUCAAUUGCCUACAGAACUUCCAUAGAAUCUGAUAACAAGCUACAGAAAAAAACUACAUCAACUAUGCAACAACGCACCAAAGUUCCAAUUAGCUUGUCUUCCGUAACAACAAGAGCUUCAACUAAGCUAAGCAACAAAAGUGAUGAAACCGUUUUAAGACCUCAGAUAGACAAUAAGAAAAUCGUCAGGAAGACAGCAAGCAAAACGACUGAGGGAAGCAGUAAUAUUAGCAAAAAUGUGCGCAGCUCCAUAGAACCAAAACUUCAAAAGCAGAUGAAGGACACAAUGAACGAAUCGAGCACUACAGCCAGCGGCAGCACCAGUGCCAGCGGCUCCUCGAGCAGCACCCGACGCAGUGUACGUUCCGUGAUGGUUAGCCGUAAGACUGACAAGGAGAAGACGAAUAUGAAACUAUCAGAACAGAAGGGUGUGAUAUCGACAUCGACUGUGCGGGUUCAUAGGGAGCCAACAGCCACUACCAGCGCGGUUAGCACCGUGCUCGUUGAUGACGACUCCGAGCGGCAGCAACAGUCGCAAGGUGCUAACCAGCGAGGUUUUCACUAAGACUUUCGGCCCCGAUAAGCCCCUGGAAGUGAUCUACCGCCAACCCGAUUUUGAUGCAGAGCACCACACGGCAAUAGGAAUGCGUCCGCAAUCCAGAAAUGAACAACAGCGCUGCGUUAACGAGUUCGAUGUCAGCUUUAUCGAUA